ACUAGCUAUUGAACAAUGGCUGGUAGUUUGUGCUUGUUUCAGAUUUUGGCAGUUUGUGCGUUCUGUCAUGCUGUUCCUCAGGGGAGUGAUCUGCCCCAGAAUCCUCAAGCUCUGAUGAUCCAGCAAACUGACCAGCGGUUUCAGAAGCCAGUUCAACAGCAAACUGACCAGCGGUUUCAGAAGCCAGUUCAACAGCAAACUGACCAGCGGUUUCAGAAGCCAGUUCAACAGCAAACUGACCAGCGGUUUCAGAAGCCAGUUCAACAGCAAACUGACCAGCGGUUUCAGAAGCCAGUUCAACAAACUGACCAGCGGUUUCAGAAGCCAGUUCAACCGCAAACUGACCAGCGGUUUCAGAAGCCAGUUCAACCGCAAACUGACCAGCGGUUUCAGAAGCCAGUUCAACAGCAAACUGACCAGCGGUUUCAGAAGCCACUUCAACAACAAACUGAGCCCCUUGAUAAAUGUGCUGUAGCUGAUUAUGAGCAGAUCCAAUGUGGACAACCUGGGAUCAAUGGUGCUGAGUGUGAAGCUAUCAACUGCUGCUUUAAUGGACAGCAGUGUUACUAUGGGAGAGCAGUGACUGUCCAGUGUAUUAGAGAUGGUCAGUUUGUGGUAGUGGUGUCAAGAGACGUUACUCUGCCUCGACUGAGUCUGGAUUCGGUUCGUCUACUGGGUGGAAAUGACCCACCUUGCGGUCCUGUGGAGUCCACACCUUCUUUUGCUAUAUACCAGUUCCCUGUGACCGCAUGUGGCACGAGCAUGAUGGAGGAUAGUGGAUCUGUGGUGUAUGAGAACAGAAUGACCUCCUCAUAUGAAGUAGGGAUUGGACCGUUUGGUGCCAUCACAAGGGACAGUCAUUUUGAGCUUCUCUUCCAGUGUAGGUACUCUGGAACUUCUGUUGAAGCUCUGGUUGUGGAGGUCAACUCUGUUCCUCCACCUCCACCAGUAGCUGCUCCUGGACCUCUCAGGGUGGAGCUCAGAUUGGCCAAUGGCCAAUGUGUGACCAAAGGCUGUGCUGAAGGGGAUGAGGCCUACAUGUCCUACUACAGUGACGCUGAUUAUCCUGUCACAAAAGUCCUGCGAGAGCCUGUGUAUGUUGAGGUGCGCAUUAUGGAGAGGACGGACCCCAACAUUUUCCUGAUGCUGGGACAUUGUUGGGCGACUUCAACCCCCAGUCCACUCAGUCUCCCCCAGUGGGACCUUCUGGUUGAUGGAUGCCCUUACCAGGAUGACCGUUAUCUGACCACACUAGUUCCAGUGACUGGAUCAUCUGGUCUUCAGUUCCCAACCCACUACAAGCGCUUUGUUGUGAAGAUGUUCACAUUUGUAGAUCCAUCCUCACUGGCUCCUCUGCAGGAAACCAUCUUCAUCCACUGCAGUACAGAGGUGUGUCAUCCCUCUUCUGGCUCCUGUGAGCAAAGCUGCACCAGGAAGAGGAGAGAUACUCAUGCCAAGACCAUCUUGAGUGGACAGACCGUGGUUUCUAGUGGAGAAGUUACUCUGGUCAUGUGAAUUCAGUGAUUUUAAUAAACCACAUGUAACUUCA